AUGUCACAUCCCCGAGUCGAAGAAGUAUCCGACAGCGAUCUCUCGGACCCUAGCGAGGGAGAUAUCGAAGACUUCGUCGAAACCGACAUCCUACGACAAAAAGUCCCCGCGACCACCACCUCCACCACCACCUCUUCCUCCUCCCCAUUCCCUUCCACCAUCAACCCCACCCUCCAACACCCCUCCUCCGCCCCCCUCGCCCAACAAGUCCAAGCCAGCGACAUAAAAGACUACCAAAUGCUAUACCCCGUCUACUUCGACCUAACACGGACCCGCGCCCAAGGCCGCCGCGUAUCCAAAUCCCUCGCCGUGAAGAACCCGCUCGCGCGCGAAAUCGCCGCCGCCUGCGCCGCCCUACGCCUAUCCCCCGUCUUCGAGGCGCACCGAGUCCACCCCAAGGACUGGGCGAACCCGGGCCGAGUGCGCGUGAAGCUAUCCUCCGGAAGUAAGGGUGGAAGCAAUGCCAACCCGUACGCCGCCGACGUCAAAAACAAACACCACCUGUACAUCCUAGUAGCGCAGCACCUGCAAGCCCACCCCACGACCGACACGAGCGACGCCCUGCGCCGCGUGCGCGUCCCCGGCCUCGGCGCCCCCGACGACGACGAGCCCUGGCCGCGGCCUGCCGUCCCGCGCGGCUGGAAGAUGGGCGAGCUGCUGCCGGCGUAUAGCGCGGCGAUGACCGGGGGCGGGGUCAGCGAGAACGCGUUUAAGGAUAUGAUGCGGGAGAUGCAGGGCGGAGCGGGCGGGGGGCCGGCUGAUAUGAUGAGUAUGCUUGGCCAGGGGCUUGGAGGAGCGGGGCCUGGUGGAAGUGAGGCUGGUGGAGGAGGGGGUGGAGGUGGGAAGAAGGGUAAGAAGGGAAAGGGGAAGGCGUGA